GUGCGAUCAUACCAUAUAUCUGUAGAUUACGUUAUUGGGAAUGAAGGAACUAUGCAUACAAGACGAGAUUUUUUUUUUUUUUUUUCAUUAAGCUACUACAUUUACUUAACAGAGGAUUGGUGUGUGUAUUUUGGUGAUCAGGCCAUAAAUCUAUAACUUAUGAAGGACAGUGCGCAGUGGUGAUUCAUCGCAAGGAAAAUAUCAUUAAUUCGUGAUUCGAUGCCAACGAUGUCUCUCUGCAUUCUUCGGAGGGACAUGCCUCGCCCGUGAGUCUCCACGGAUAUUGUAAAUCACUCGAGACCGAGAUAAAACAGAAAAAACAGCCAAGUCGAAGGUCGUGCUGUACGAAGGAACUCCGUCGAGGUUCGUUGCGUGGUCGAACCCCCCUCAGUGAAGCUUCGGUCAGGAGCACGAUGUGAGAGGACCAGGCGCCGCGUAAGGAGGUCGCGAGCCGGAGCGAAGGGGAUUAAUGCCCCGUGCUGUGACCCGUGCAGUGUGACCCGGAAUGCCUGCUUCUGGAGGAGGAGGAGGACGACGAGGACUACGCGAUGUCGGCCGGAUUAUGCCUGAGCCUCGGGAUUAGUUAACGGAGACGAUGCCGAAGCUAUACUGGAGGAGUCGCAAUGAUGAGGUGGUGUCUGCCAAGCCCUCGCGGGUGGGCAUGGUGUCCCCCCCUCGCCCCGGCACCCAGGACUCCGCACAGACCCCCGCGCACCUCCUGUGGCUGCAGACGGACGACGGCAGCGCAGACGGAGGGAAGUUCCGCAACGGCCACGGCGGGGGCGGCAGCAGCGACAGCGGGGAGGGGAGAUCGCCAGACCUCAUGAAACUCAACAACUUCGCCCCCAAUUUCAACAUGAAAGGCCCUAGACGAGGGCGGGACAAGGGGGAAGGAACCGGGGGGUUGGUAGUGGUUAUUCGGAUUAAUGUUAAAAUUAGGAGGUGGUAUAGAUUUCUGUAUUUUGGGAGUCGUGACCCAUGCAAAAUAGAUGAUUACAGCCUUGAGAACCUCCUAUGCUUGCUCUACCUCUGA